GGCAUUUUCAACUAUUUUUGAACACUAUUGGGGUAUAUGGUCUGUGAUUGUCACAUUGUCCAACUAAUUUGAACCAAAGAGUACACCAAUUAAUGUACUCUUUGAUUUGAACACAAUUGAAACUUUAUUAUUAACAAUACUGCUGAAAACUGAUUGUGUUGUGAUAUCGAUCGGUAAAAUUUCAAAUGGAGCCUGUUGAUAAUUACUUCAAAAAAAUCGAGGAGUGGAUUGAGGAUAAUGAAAAAAUUGUAACUGUUCCCUAUCUAGCAAUGACUUUUCAUUUGUCAAUACAAAAUACACAAAAGAUUGUGGAGGAGUUCGUAGACAGUAGAAAAAAAUUGAAACAGUGUGACAUAACAGUCACUUAUAUUCUACGAGGAUUUCUCAACAGCUCUAAAGGAAAAGGAGUCUUCAUAGUAUCGGAGUUCAGCCUACCAGCGAAGAGAAAGUUAUUUGAGAAAGUGGAGGAUGAAGUUAUAUUCAGUAUACAGAAGAGUAAAAACAUAGACUUCAAUGUAAUUUCCCUUGUUGCUGACUUGGGAUGUAUAGGAAUUUCAAGAAGCAGCUCACUAUUAGGUUGUAUUGUUGGUGAUAAUUGUUCAAAAAGAAACAAGAAAAAGAAGUCAAGUUUGGCUCCUGUUGAAACAUCUGCGAAAUCUUCUGAAUCAGCAGAAAUAAAGAGGAAGAUUUGUUCAGAAGCAGUUCCUAACAGUGGAACAGUUGAUGUAUCCAACAAGGCGGCAGCUCCUGUAAUUAAUAAGGAUGUACCAAAAACUACAGCAGUAGCUCCUUUGAUCAAUAAGGAUGUACCAAAAACUACUUCUAUAAGAGAUAAUAAAUGUAAAAAAGGAAAGAGUGGUAUAUCCAAUUUUUUCAAGGCAGUACCUUCUAAGAAUUCCAGUGACAUUAAAAGUACUAUUGGAAAAGAAGAAAAUGCCAUGGAAACAGAGGACAAUCCUAUAAAAGUUGAAAGUGAAGGGAAGGAUACAUCAGAAUCUCCAAGAAGUUUUACAGAAGUUCCUAAUGUCGAGAAAGAAUUUAGAAAUCAGCAGGUAUCGCCUACUACAUCUAAAACUAAGGAAAAAACAAAUAAAAGGAGAAGAAAAGAAAACAUGGAAAACAAUUCUAAAAAGAGAAAAAGAAUUGUUGAAAGGAGCGAUUCUGAAAGUGACGAUAUGUUUGAGAAGAUCGCUGAUGAUGAUAUAAUAGAAAAAUCUGACGAUGAACCUGAACCUGUGUUAUCGCAUGUUAAAAAAUCACUAGAACCAAAAAACAAAAGAAGGAAAGCGAUUGAUAAAACGUAUCAGGAUGAUGAGGGAUUCAUAGGUAAGAUUACAAAGACGGAGUAUGUUUAUGAAACUGCAUCCGAAGACGAAAAUGAAGCUCCUAGGGAAGGUAAUGGAGAGACAUCAAAAGUUGAAUCAAAAAAAGGAAAUAGUGUUUCUAUUAAAGACAAUAGUUUGCAAAAAAAUAGUGCCAAAGUGAAGACAGAAAAGAAGAACACCAAACAGAAUCAGCCGACUUUGAUGAAUUUUUUCAAGAAGAAAUAGUUUGUUUCCUAUUAAAUUAAGUCUUGUGUUGAGAAUAAGCUGAUCGCUGCAUUUGUAAUUUUGAAAUAAAAUAUUCUGUAAUGCUUGCUUGUAAAUUGUAUCAGCAAACAAUCAUAAGGAAAUAAAUAUUUUGAAACGAUA